GUGGUUGUGAGCUAUAAAAUCAACGGGAAAAAGCGCUGCUACUGCUGCCCUCGCCGCUAAUUUGUGAGAGUGAAACAUUGAAUGAAAACUAAUAUAAAUAAACAUAUUGGGCACAGUAUUACUAUAGUGUCACGGGAGUGAACAAAAGUGUGACAAACAAUAAUAAUUUCAAUUCAUUUGACAUUUUUCAAGCUAUUGCUUCUCGGCGAACUCAAUGUGCAUUGAGAGCUUUCGGCCAUUCAGUCAGCUGGGACGCACUUUUUUUUCGUAUUGUGUUUGCAUUUGCCAAAAGCUGUGCUCGCUGUGUUGUCAUCGUUAUGUGUGUACGCAUUGUUGUUGCCACAAAAGCUUUUUCAACUAAUAACUGCUGCGCUUAAUUUUCCACUUGGUGAAUCGAAUUGACACAGUUGCAAUCAGAAUCGAAUUGAAAACAGCAAACGGCUGCACUUCAUCCGCCAUGAUAGCCAAGUGACAAAGCUCGUUAAUUUCUGAACCCCAUUUGACUUGGUUAAUUACGGUUCGAUUUCAACGGGGACAGCUGCAAUGUCAACGGAAAGCAAUACGCCCGUGGAUCCGCGUGUCCAGAUUGAAUUAGAAAAGCUCAACACAGCGACGGACAAUAUCAAUAAAUAUGAAGUGGAGCUCGAUGAGGCGAAGUGCGAAUUUAAGCGUCUGCUGGCGGAGAGCGUGGUGCGGAUCAAGGCCGCCGCCCACAAGCUGGGCAACUCGAUAGACGCCGCCAAACCCUACUACGAGUCGCGCAUCUAUGCCGCCCAGUUGGCCAAGGAGACACAGCUGGCGGCGGCCAAUCAUGAGAAGGCCAAGUCCAUACACGCUGCCGCCAAGGAAAUGGUCUAUCUGGCCGAGCAGGGUCUCGGCGAGAAGUCGACGCUGGACACCGCCUGCCAGGAGAUGCUCAGCCAUGCGGCCAGCAAGGUCAAUCAAUCCCAAUUGGAGGUGACCGACACGCGCAACGCCCUCAAGAUGUGCCAACUGAAGCUCGAGGUGGCCAACAAUCGCGUAAACAAGCUCCAAGGGCAGCUCAAGCAAGCAUUACGCUCCUCCAGAUUGCAGCUGCGGCGCAAUUUACUUUUGUUGAGAUACUUUAGCAUUUUGCACGCUUUGUAUUGUAUCCAGUGCUCGCCCUACUAUGAGACGCGCGCGAACUACAACGGACUGCUGAAGGCGCAAAAGCUGCGCGUCAACGAGCUGGAGGCCAAGGUCAGCGCCGCCAAGUUGACCUACAACGAGGCCCUGAAGAAUCUGGAGCAGAUCUCCGAGGAUAUACACAGGCAGCGGCAGCAGCGCAACAAUUUGCUUAACUACGAGGCAAUGCUGCGCCAGGUGGAUGCCAUCGAUUCCCACCAGCAGCAGACGCAGCAACAGCAGCAGCAGCAGCUCCAGUCAGAGUCGGAGCAGCUGCAGCUGGAUGAGCCGGAGGAGGAGUACUUACGCAUGCCCGAUCGGCUGGGCAGCGGCGCCAGUUCGCCGCGCCAGAGGCACCCCGAUCCGCACGACUGUCCGCAUCUGCUGCACGACUUCGAGACGGUGUUGACCUUCCCACAGAAGCUGGCCGGCGGCAUGCACAAGUCGGCCAGCACCAGCGCCACGGAUGGCGACAAUAAUCUGUUCGCCCAGGCGCAGGGUCUGCACGGGCCGUACGAGGUGAAGCCGCGCUCGGAGUCGGGCAGCAGCUCGCUGGCCUCGGCCUCGGCUUCGGCAUCGGCAUCGACGUCGGCCCCGCCGGCGGACAACGACAUCGAUCAGUGGACGGAAAUACGGCUCUCGCACUCGGACAGCACCAGUUCGAGCUAUUCGAAUCAGUCGCUGCUGGAGCAACAGGCUCUGGAUGGCGCCGGCAGCCUGGGCGGCCACGGUUUGGGCUAUGGCCUGGGCGGCCUGGAUGCGGAUGCACAGUCGCAGCACUCCACAUCCUCGUCGGAUGAGCCCAAGCGCAAAGUGACCUGCACGACGAUAUUCCAGGACGAUAGCAGUGGCAUCGGCCUGGCCGGCCAGCAGAUGAGCCGCAAACAGAGCCUCAGCCAGUGGCUGUCGCGUUCGAAUAGCUUCAAGAGCAGCGGACGACGGCAGAGUCUAGAUCUGUUGAUCGAUGCCGGCGACAAGGUGAAGGAUGUGUUUAGCUACGGUUUUCAGAAGGUCGGCCGUAGUCUGGAGCGGCGCAAUAGUGAAUCGGAAAUGGCCAACGAUGGCGGCGAGACGGAUGCGCUGCUUGCAGCAACAGCAACAGCAGCGGCAGCCGGUGCAGCUACAACGACGACGACAGCGACGGCAGCGGCAGCGGCAGCGAAUGCCUCAGCUGGCAGCAACAAUAGCAGCGGCAGCAGCAGCGGCGGUGCCGGCGAUUUCUUUUUGUUUAGCAGAUCCUCAGAACCCAAAGAAUUACUAUCCGAUGAGCAGGUUGAGAAUUUGCUAUUGAAUCACAUGGUUGAUGAGCACGGCGUCAUCAUUGUGGAGGAAUUAAAGUCACCAACGGCCGCAGCACUCACAACCCGAACAUCGGCAGCAACAACAACACCAACCAGCUUACAGCAGCAGCAACGAGCUGCUUUAUUAUUUUAAGCCUGAGCUAUCAUAGUUAAAAUCCGGAGCUGCUGCAUAUACCAUUUCCCAAGCAAUUAGUAUGAGGCGUACAUAUCACUUGACAUCAUUCAAUCCAC